AUGUCAACCCCCACAUCCAUCCCCCUCCUCCCAACCCCCGCCCUCCGCUCCCUCACCACCGCCGACCUCCUCCCAGCAGCAGUCUCAGUCAAGAACCUAUCCAGCACCCUCCUCCGCGCAGCCACAGACGCCUGGGACCGCCCCCUCCGCCCCCAACCCCUCCUCCUCUCGGCAGAGAUCAGUUUCACCUCCCCCUUUGAAACCGCCUCCGCAACCGACAAGCUAGGCGAGGACACGAUCCACUACGGCAAUUUAUCAAAGGCACUCCUCGACACUGUAGAGACUUACUUCGGCCCUAAUUCUACAGCCGCCAUUUCUUCUCCAGAGGAGGACGAGGGGGAUGCGAUCUCGGUGCUGAACCAGAUAUUCGUUCAUCUCACUGGAUUGUCUAUCGAUGGUGUCAGGGGGGACGGAACCCCUUUUUUGGGGGGGAGUUUAGAUAGGAUCGGGUUUCUGGGUGUGAAGCUGACGCUCCCAAAAGCGAGCUUGCUCGGCGAGGGUGUGAGUCUCACCGCAAGCGCGGGGUUUGACAACACGGGAAAAAUGACCGCCCGCGCGCUAGGGAUGGAGAUCACCAGACUCGGAGUGCCGACGUUGGUCGGGGUUAACCCUAACGAGCGGGAGGCGAGGCAGAUGUUGGUUGUUACGGUGGGGAUUGAGGGGAUCAAGGUGAGGGGGGAUAGGUAUGUCAGGGUUGAAAAGGCGGUUGUGAAGGCGCUGGAGGAGUCAUCAUUCGAGACGUUGGAAGCGUUGGGGGCGCACUUGAUUGACAAGGUGGAGGAGGUUUUUGUCAAUGGGGAGGAUUACACCGUCAGAGUAAAAAUCGAGAAGCCGAUUGCGGUUCCGUUGGCCGAGUGUCCGGUUGUGGAGGUGAGGAGAGUGGUGCAGGAUUAUUAUAGGUGA